AUGCCAUCCGAGAAGUAUAAAGAAGAGGAGAACAGGAUCUCAGAGGCCUUAGAGAUGCUUAGGAAAAAUCCGAAGCAAAAAAUCAAGCCGUUGGCGCGUCAAUUUGGCGUGGAUUACCAACGGCUCCGGCGACGCGUGUUAGGCGGCACUUCUCAACUAAACCGACGACCAGCGCACAAGCGAUUGACGGAGGAUCAAGAACGCGCCAUAAUUCUAUGGAUGCAUGAUUUAGAUGAUAGAGGAAUCCCUCCAACCGUCCGCAUGAUUAAAAACUACGUGGAUAAAGUGCUUCAAAAUAUGCACCCCGGCGCGGAUAACCCCCCUCAACUCGGGGAUCGCUGGGUCUAUCGCUUCCUCAAACGACUGCCCAAAGAAUACGUCAAAAUGAAGCAAAAGACUAUUGAUCCAAGCGACAUCUUGCUGAGGACCCGAGCGUUAUACAGGCCUGAACGCUAUAAGAUUACGCCAUCUAACAUUUGGAACUUCGACGAAUCUGGAUUUCAAAUUGGACAAGGGGGGGAUGAAGAAGUUGUAACAAGAUAUCCGGAUGCUUUAAGGCACGUUCCUAGCUCUUCUUCACGGGAAUUGGUUUCCACAGCAGAGGGUAUAAGCGCGGUUGGGAAUACGAUUCCUCCAUUGCUUAUUUUUACUGGAAAGGUUAUCCUUGAGAGCUGGUUCCAAUAUCUCAAAGAAGAUGAGUGGAAAGUGACUAUAAGCGAAACAGGCUUUUCAAAUGAUGAGAUUGCGUACGAUUGGCUCAAACAUUUCAAUGAGCAUACACGAGAACAAGCAGGAAACAAUUUUCGUCUACUUUUUAUGGAUAAUCAUGAGGCUCAUCUUACGUCUGAGUUCUUAUCCUAUUGCGACGACUAUAGGAUUAUUCCCUUUGCUUUUCCAUGGUUGCCAUUCUUACAAUAUGAGCGCGUUCAUAGAAGGGCUAUCAACGAGAAAGCGCACCUUGGAGGUUAUUUUUACGAUAAGAUCGAUUUUUUGGCCGAUAUUGCUCGUGUACGCGCUGACGCCCUUACUCUACGAGUUAUCCGGAAUGGAUUUUCUGCGCGUGGGCUUUGGCCUUUCAAUCCAGAGAUAAUUGUCGGUCCUUUAAUUGAGAAAUGGGACCUCCAAGAAGGGCAAGAGUUGCUAAUUUAUGACAAUGAGGAGCCAGAUAUCUCAAGUUCACCCACAAAUGCUUCAUUUUCUCCGCCAACUACUGCGUAUAAGCUUCAAAGAUCAAUUACUAAGGUUGACGCACAGCUAAAUGAGAUUUCCAACGUGAUUCCUGGUAUCCGGAGGAGUCUAAAAAAGAUUUUUGACGGAAGCCUCACGCAGGCCCAUAUUAAAGAUCAACAACAGGCUCAAAUCGAGCGCCUCCAAACGCUCAAUGAACGCAAAUCCGCCCAAAAAAAAAUUAAAAAAUAA